GCCUUCCGCAAAUUUCUACUCUCCCCCACGGGAAGAAAAGAUAUCGCCCAACGAGAUUUCAAGAAAAUCAAGAAGAUAUCAGCAGCAGGAUUUAUCGCGCGCACGAUCCUCUCUCUUCCUCCCCGCCACUUUCGACGAUUCGUUACGUACGCUUCAGUAAAACCCCACCAUAUAACCACGGGAAGAAGACCAGUGGAAAAGAGAAGGUGCGAGGGGGGCGGAUGGAUGAACAGGCGCGGCCGCUGGUGCGAGAGAGAAGAGAUAUUUGAUUUUUCAGCCGGGAAAGAUUUGACACCCUCGAUUCGAUGCUCUGUCUUUGAUCCGAAGGAUUGAUCGAUGAUGGUACGGCUUCGGAUAUAAUUAGAUUCCUUGUUUUUGUCAUCCAGAUCUUUUAUUUUUCUCUAUUUCGUCGAGUCGGUUGUGGAUUGCAAUGGGUAGCAUGACCAUGUACGAGCAAGAUCCUGUUGUACGCUGGGGCCUCGAUGUUUUGCACGUUUGCCCUCUUUCAGAUGCCGGUUCAUGUGGCUGUGUACCUCAAUAUGAUCCCGAGCAAGAUCCUGAUGCUGUACGUGGGGGCCUCCAUCAUCCUCUGGAUGUUUGCUCUAUUUCCAAUGCCGGUUCACGAGGCACUGUAACUCAAUAUGAUCCUGACUUGAGUAGUGUCGAAUUCGUUAGAGUAGGCUACGUUGAACAAGAUGAACCAGGCUAUGCUGAACAACUGGGCUACGCCGAAGCACGACAGCCAAGUUUGGAGAAUGAUGAGACUAAGGCCGAAGCACGACAGCCAAGUUUGGAGAAUGAUGAGAUUAUCGCACAUGCUCUCCAAGAAGAACUUUCACGACUCGCUCUUGAAGAAGCAUCUGGUGUGUCGACUUCUGGAAAUGAACAAUUACAAGCUUCAGUUUUGACCCAGGAUUGGCUUGCUUCUUCAAAGAGAUACUUGGAUGCUGAAGGACGGAAAAAUGAUCAACAAUUGGAAUAUCAAAAAGAGGUUGAAGCACGUGAUGAGGUGGGAAAUGCUAAUUCAUAUUCCAGCUCGGGAGAAAAAUCAUGGUCUGAUGAUGAUGUGGGUAUGCUACACCUAGCAGAUGAAUCUGUGCUUGAUGGCGAAGUUGGCAAGAGGUUGAAUCAGAUGGUCCCUGUACCUCAUGUGCCUAAAAUUAAUGGGGAAAUACCUUCUAUAGAAGAAGAGGUGUCGGAUCAUCAAAGACUUCUAGACAGGUUACGGUUAUACUAUCUUGUUGAAAAUAAAGUCCAGGGAGAUGGUAACUGCCAGUUUCGUGCUUUAUCAGACCAACUGUAUCGAUCACCGGAGCACCACAAAUUUGUGAGGCGUCAAAUUGUUCAGCAGUUGAAGUCAUGUCCAGAGAGGUACGAUGGCUAUGUCCAGAUGGCUUUCGGUGACUAUUUGAAGAAAAUGAGCAUGAAUGGAGAAUGGGGCGAUCAUGUCACAUUGCAAGCUGCUGCUGAUUCCUAUGGAGUCAAGAUUUUUGUGAUCACUUCUUUUAAGGAGACAUGCUACAUUGAGAUCCUUCCACAUAUUCCAAAGUCGAAACGAGUCAUUUUCUUGAGCUUCUGGGCAGAGGUGCACUACAACUCAAUUUAUCCCGAAGGAGAGCUGCCUGAACUGUCAAAAAAGAAGUCGUCGUGGUGGCAGUGGUUGAUCUGAAAUUAUGCUCGACCAUCCUCAUCAUAGUUGGAUCGUCCUUCAUGUUUUGUCAAUUGGAGCUCUACUACUUUCUCCAAGCUUUGUGUUCGGAUCGGAGGUCCAUCGUGAUGUCUCUGCCGUGUCUCAUGCAUCCAUAUAUACCCCAGGCGCGAUAAUGUUACAUAUAGGAUUUAGCCAGUGACGACAGCCUUCUCUCAGUUUCUUCUCUGUACAUAUCUUUCCUCUCGAGUCCUCGAGACUUUUCUUGGUCACCUUCUAUUUCAUCUUUUGUAAAUAGUUGGGAGAGAGGGUUUCGGACUCUCAUUAGUUGAUUGGUUCAUUAUUUGUACAAAGUAUAGUCGGUUUUGUAGGCAUUCUCUUUUGCUAGCUCGUGUUCUGCCUGUGCA